AUGGCUAAAGGGAUUCCUGGGCCGGCCGGGUGUGGGGGAGUGGCUAGGAAUCAUUCUGGUCUGCUGGUUUUUGCGGUGGCCCUCCCUCUAGGCACCCAGUCUAACCACUAUGCGGAAGCCAGCACUGCCCACAUUAGGUUACACAAGGAUAAAAGAGAAGGCUUUGCUAAAGUCUGGUUGGAGUAUGACUCGCUAAACACUAUCAAUUGUCUGAGUGGAAACACAGAUCCUAGCUGGACGGAAGCUAACCUGAUAAAGGAUUAUCAAGAUAUAAUAAAUGAGCUGGCAGAUUUCAAAAUCUCCCACGUAUAUCAGGAAGGCAACAAGGUGGUGGAUCUACUGGCCAAUCUGGCAAUGGGAUACGAGGCAACUAAAUAG